GAGUUAAACAUCUCAGCUCGCUGUUAUGAAUUUCUUUUCGAAAUGAUGAUGAGUUUCUCAUAAAGACGCACGUAGAUUAAUUUUUCAGUUUAGAAAUGUUAACAGUUGCUUAUUGUUACUGGAUUAAUUCACAAAAAUAUUUCUAGAUUACUUUUAUAGAAGAUCUAUUUACUUUUUCUUGAUAUUGGCAAUCUUUGAAUGUAUUGACAUGCAGUGGCACAGUGGAUCAAUUGCUGAAGCUGUUUCUGAAGCUAAAAAGAAAAAUAAAUUAUUUAUGGUUUAUAUUGAAGGUAAUGAUGAUAUGUCUAAAACAAUGACAGCCACCUUUAAUGAUCCUUCCGUAUGUGAAAAGUUGAUGUCGGAAAAUGUUAUUGCUUUGAAACUUGUAGCAAACAGUGUUCCAUACAUGCAGUUCUGUCAAAUAUAUCCUGUUUUAGUGAUACCCUCUUCAUUCUUUAUUGGUGGAAAUGGAGCUCCUAUUGAAAUAAUUACAGGAAGCCUCUUGCCGACAGAGUUCUGUUCUAAACUUGAAAAAGUGUUUGAGGUGUACAGAAAGUCUUACCCAAUAUCUGUUGCAGAGAAGAGUGAAGCAUCCACCCAGAAUUCUUCAAUCAAUCAGCCUUCAACAUCUAGUGCUGGAUCGAAUUCUGAGCCAUCAGACACUAACCAGUCAUUGGAGGAUAAAGUUGAGAGAGCAAAGGUUUUGAUAGAAGCUCAACGACAAAGCAAAGCUGCUGAGGAAAAAGAGAAAGAAAAAAAUGAUGAAAUUGCUCGAAGAAAUAUGGGUAAAGCCAUGCAGCAAGCUAACUUAACUAAAAAAGAAACUGAAAUGCAAGAAUGGGCUAAAAACCGGGCAAAAGAUAAAGAAGAGGAAAGACUGGCUCGAGAAAAAGUCAAAGCUAUGAUUGCUCAAGAUAGAGCUGAACAAGCAGCCAGGUAUGAAAAAUUUAAAGCAUCUGAAGAAGCAGAAAGAAAAAGAAUUCAACAAAAAUAUGACGAAGAAGAAAGAGCCAGAAAAGAAGCUGUCACUAAUAGUAAUGAAGCACAUCUUCAGUUUCGUCUGCCGGAUGGUUCAUAUUCUACUCAUUGUUUUUCUGCUGAUGCCAUUCUUGAAGAAGCUAGAAGAUUUGUCAGAGAAGAAGUUCGUCCACCCUUUUCAAACUUCUCCUUGUGUACGACUUUUCCGAGGAGACAGUUUUCUGAAUCGGAUUAUUCGGAAACAUUGAGAAAUCUUCAACUAGCCCCCUCGGCUGUGCUUCUCAUUCUUCCGGAGCAAGCAGUUUCCAGCAUUAAUCAGAGUGCUAACUUUAUUUCUUCGAUGUUUUGGUUUCUGCUGUUUCCAAUUACAAGCAUAUGGAAUUACAUCAGAUCAUUCUUUACUGGAGCUGACCCGCCAUCUUUGACUCAGCCCAAUCAAACUGUGCCAAGUUCAUCAGAAAAUUCUGAUAAAAAUACUGACAAGAGGCAACCCAAUAUUCGAAGGAGAGAGUCACCAUUUGCCAAACGAGAAGGCAAUGUAUUCCGCAUCAACAAUCAAAGCGAUGAUGAUGAGAACAAUACUUGGAAUGGUAACUCUACUCAACAAAUGUGAUGGACUAUCUAAUUUGUGUUAGAAUAGAAUUUUUCCCCUUUUAUCAGUCUAUUGAGUGUAUAUUUGUUAAGAUUGUAAAAUAAAAUAAUCAAGCUGUUUA